CUAAAUGCUUUUCCUUCAACUCAUUUUUCUUACCGUCUUUUUCUUGUUCUUGACCAUCUAAAGUUUUUCGACCAUCGGAUGAUUUCUUCUCACCAGCAUCCCCCCUCAAGUUGGAGGGGGAGGUACGAACACCCAACUUGCCCAACAUAGAUAUGUGAGAAGAACCAGAUAGGGGUUUAGUAAAGAGAUCUGCCAACUGAAGAGAAGAAGGAACAAACAAAAAGGAAAUGAGACCUGCUAAGAACUGUUGCUUAACAAAGUGACAAUCAAGAUCCACAUGCUUGAUCCGUUCAUGGAAGACCGGAUUUUUAGCUAUGUGGAAGAGAAAGAGGAACUGAAAGGUCAUCCACGAGUCUAACUAACCAGGUACUGAUUUACAGGACAACGCAUCUGCCUAGUAGGACUUCGCACUUAUCAGCUUGUUGGUGAGCCUCAUCUCUUCCGGGACUUAGACAUUUAUUAUUUAUUAUUUUCAUAAUAAGAUAUGCAUUUAAAGGUAUGCUGGGAGCCUUGUCCUAGCGAGUAUGUUUUCAUGUUCAGUCUUAUGUAGAGGUUUCAUAGACUAGACUAGUCAGACAUGUCAUGUCAGAUGUUCAGAAUCGGAUAGCCAUUUUGGCUCAUUUACGAUAUUUCCGCAUUCAUGUUUUAAAUUAGUAUUUUAUUAAUGUUAUGAUUCUCAUGUUUUAUAAAAGCUCAUCACAUUCAUGUUAUACUUCUGCUCGUGUAUGCCUAAUGAUGAUUUAGCAAGUCAUGUGGUUUGCUUGGUCACAUGCAAUAUGGCACAGAGUGCCGUGUUUCGCCCGGACCAUGGUUCGGGGCAUGACACUUCUGCAACAGCUUGAAUCUCUUACAUCACUUGCACUCUUAAAUCUCUCUUACAAUCAUCUUGUUGGGUGCAUCCCCAAAGGAAAACAAUUUGAUACGUUUGAGAAUUGUUCAUACCAAGGGAAUGAUGGUUUACAUGGAUUUCCACUCUCAAAAGAUUGUGACGGUGAUGAUGGGGUACCACAAGUGACAACUCCAGUUGAGCUAGAUCAAGGAGAAGAAGGAGAUUCAGCAAUGAUCAGCUGGCAAGCGUUUCUCAUAGGUUACUGUUGUGGUCUAAUUGUUGUCCUCUCCGUAAUAUACAUAAUGCUGGCAACCCAAAAUCCAGCAUGGUUUUCGAGGAUGUUUGACGAAUGGGAACACAGAAUUGUUACGAGAAUUGCAAAAGCACAAGAAAAGAAAAUAGUGUGUAACCUCAAGGAUUCAUGUAUAUUGAGUUGCUGGGAUGCAAUAAAAGCUUUACUUUCCGAGCUUAUGAUGUUUCUAAAGUGUUAAUUACCCUAUGAAUAAAAGCCUGAAGUUUCGUUUAUCUAUAACUUGUUACAUAUUCAACCUA